AUGUCCACCAUCAAAGCCCUCCUCAACCACCCCGGCUCCUCGCCCUCCACCACGCCGCCUCCUCAACAACACACUCCACCCAUCCCCCGCCUCCUCAGCCCGGCCCCACUCAGCACCCGCACCUACAACACCACCCCUCCUCCCUCCUCCCUCACCCACGCCGCGAAACCCAAAAUCUGCAAAGACGCGCCCAUCUUCACCCGUGGGCCCCCACGCGGCACUCUCCGCUUCCCUCCCCACGAGUACGCCGCCGACAUCCUCGUCCCGAACACCGACAAGCUCCUCAAAGACUUCCACGACCACUUCGACGUCUACCCCUCUGGAGGUAACAUGGGCGACUACCCGCGCCACAUCCCCUACAACAGCGAGAAGCGUGUCUAUCUGGACAAGACGGCGCGGGAUUUCUUCGAGGUGUUUCAGUAUCAGUUCCGGGUGCCCGGGGAUGAGGCCGGGAAGGUGUAUACGAUGCUGUGGGAUUAUAAUAUUGGGCUGGUGAGGACGACGCCGUUGUUCAAGUGUUGUGGCUAUGGGAAGACUACGCCGGCGAAGAUGCUCAACAAGAAUGUUGGGCUUCGUGAUAUCUGCCAUUCCAUCACUGGUGGAGCGCUUGUUGCUCAAGGUUACUGGAUCCCCUACGCCGCCGCCAAAGCCAUUGCCGCCACCUUCUGCUACUCGAUCCGCUACGCACUGACCCCCGUUUUCGGCAUCGACUUCAUCGACCUCUGCGUCGAGCCCAUGGACCCGCGCUUCGGCUGCAUGCUCAUCGACCAAGCCAUCACCGAGCAGUGUCGCGCCGAAGCCGCCCGCUUCAAAGAACUCGAGCUGCAGUUUCCAACCGCCCGUCCGACGUCCGCACCCGGUAGCCGCUCCGCCAGUCCCCGCACUCCGACGCCGACUCUUGCCCACCGGGUCCCAACCGUGCUGCGCUUCAAGCCCGUCAAUGCCGGCGGCGUUGGCGUUGGCAGCGGCACGGACGACGACGGCCCAGACGCCCCCUCGAGCAGCAGCACCAGCGACAUGGCCAGCGAGAGCGAGCGCGACAUCAGCGAGCCCGACGACACGUACGCGCUGUCACCGGCCAACACGCUCUCGCCAUCGACGCCCGUGUUCCACAACGUGUGGACCGCCGCCAACGCCCCCCGCUCGGCACCGCGACUCGAUGAGGAGCUACACAGCCCCAAGAGCGUCAUGAAGGCUUUCAAGGCGAAGCGCACCUUCGCGGCGUUUGAGGAGGAGCAAGGGUGGAGUGGUGCGCGGCCUGGCGUCAGUGCGUACUCUAGCCCCGCGGGAAGUCCGAAGAGAGGUCGCAUGGGAGGGUGGGGGGUUCGUGGGAAUGAGGGACGGGGGGUCGAUGAUGGCUAUGAGGCUGAGACGGAGGGCGAGGGGGAUGGGGAUGCGAUGGAGAUUGACGCUGGGGCGGGACCCCGGUAUCAUGGGAACGGCGAGUUUGGCGAUAAGGAGGCGGCGAAGGCGCUGUUGAGCUUGUGGGGUGUGAGGAAGAAGGUCGGGCGGCGUGCGAGCGCUUGA